GCGUGAACUCAGUUUUCUUCGCGGUGGAGAAUCGCGACGCGAGGAUUCAAGCCCGGACGCUCCGUUCUGUUUCCAUUCUGCAGCGAGAGUGCGAGGUGAGACUCAUCGAUCUAGGAAGAGAUCAUUGGGAUUUUUAUAGCUAGUGGAACCGUGGCGACCGACGUCUUGAUCGAAUCGUCUUGACGCCAUAGAUAGUCGGAUUGGAACGUUGCGAGAUGCUCGUGGGACUAAUUUGUUUUGAAAUAAUUUUUUGAGUUAUACAAUUUUUUUUUUCGAAUUUAUUUUCAUCAAACAUGAUCGUGAAGUGCAGAUGAUACGUAAUAAUAUUUGUAGUGAUAAUAAUAAUAAUUAUACUGAUAAUAGAUGGUUAAGUCGAAUUUAAAAAAAAAAAAUUUACUUCGGUAUUUAACGUUAGGACGAGUUUGAUAUUGAGUUACGAAUCUUUAGAGAGAAAAAAUUUUUUGACUAAAAACGGUGGCUUCAUCGUUAAAGACUGCGAGAAGGAUCGAUACGAGCUUAUAGAAUGAAGGGUGACGACAGCGUAGGGGAUGAUGGGCUUGGUAAGGGCAAUGGAGGAUACUUGAAUCAUGCUCUGAGUAGAUCACAUGGAAGUCUCGAUCUUGGCCAUUCGAAUGGAUCGCAGACACUUAAUAACUCGCAUGGACCACAUCGCGAGAUACAAGGAUCAUCCGACUUCAUCUUGGUGGAGGAACCAGGGGAUGAAGACGUGAAACAGAAAAACGGCGCAAUCGACUCAAUCGUGCGCUAUGCGUCGCGACGCGCCAAGGCCGUUUGCACUAAGAAGACCUUGUACAAGAGACUGCCUGUACUGAGAUGGCUGCCAAGAUACAACGGGCAGGAUGCACUAGGUGAUCUGGUAGCUGGUAUCACAGUAGGACUCACUGUCAUUCCACAAUCGUUGGCUUACUCGAACGUGGCUGGAUUAUCGCCUGAGUAUGGAUUGUAUGGCAGCUUUCUUGGAUGCUUCAUCUACAUCAUAUUUGGAUCCUGCAAGGAUAUACCUCUGGGACCCACUGCCAUAGUGUCCUUAUUAACUUACCAAACUGUAGCCCAUUUGGACUCACCUGCACAACAUGCUGUGCUUCUUUGUUUUUUGGCUGGUCUCGUGGAACUACUUAUGGGCGUAUUUGGCCUUGGAUUCUUAAUAGAUUUUGUAUCUGGUCCAGUAAGCUCUGGCUUCACCUCGGCAGUGGCCCUUAUUAUAGUGUCAUCCCAAAUUAAAGAUAUUUUGGGUAUCACCGCUCAAGGAUCUACGUUCAUACAGAUGUGGAAAAGUAUAUCUGAAAAUAUUCACAACACUUCCGCUUGGGAUGCUACUCUUGGAGCUUCCUGUAUAGCUGUGCUUCUAAUACUUAGGAUCGUGGCUUCUAUCACAGUCGGUCCCGAAGAAGAGGAACUACGUACAACGAAACACAAAAUUGUAAAUAAGAUCUUAUGGCUGACAGGCACCUCGCGAAAUGCCUUACUUGUCGUCGUGUGCGGCAUCCUGGGAUACAGUUUCACUAAUAACGCACCAUUCAAGUUAAUCGGUCACAUACCUGGUGGUAUGCCUGCUGUACAAUUGCCACCAUUCGGAUACACAAAGGACGGUAACACUACGGUCUCUUUCAUGGAGAUGUGUUCGAAUCUUGGUAGCGGGAUUUUGGUCUUGCCUCUUAUCUCUCUGAUGGAGGACGUUGCCAUUUGCAAGGCUUUCGCCAAUGGAAAGUCCGUGGACGCUACCCAGGAACUGAUAGCCAUUGGAAUGUCAAAUAUAGGCAAUUCGUUUGUUCAAUCCUUCCCCGGAACUGGAUCUCUCAGUAGAAGUGCCGUGAAUAAUGCAUCCGGCGUACGUACGCCAAUGGGUGGCUUGUAUACAGGUCUUCUAGUAAUACUGGCACUAUUGUUCCUAACGCCAUAUUUCAGCUAUAUACCAAGAGCCUCUCUAGCAGCCAUCAUCAUUGCUGCUGUUAUCUUCAUGGUGGAAGUCAGGGUUGUAAAGCCAAUGUGGAGAACGAAAAAAUCCGAUCUUAUACCUGGUCUGGGUACAUUCAUAGCCUGUUUGGUACUUCAGCUGGAAAUUGGAAUUCUCUGCGGUAUUGGAAUUAACGUACUAUUCAUUCUGUAUCAUGCGGCAAGGCCUAAGAUCUCUGUAGAGAAACUCCUGACGUGUUGUGGCAUUGAGUACCUAAUGCUCACGCCCGAUCGUUGCCUAAUAUUCCCAUCGGUGGAUUACGUCCGGAACCUGGUGACUAAGUAUAGCCGUCGUGGAGGUAGCGUCGAGACGCCUGUGGUUAUCGAUUGCUCUCAUAUUUAUGGUGCUGAUUUCACGGCUGCUACUGUCAUCGAGACUUUGACAAAGGACUUUGCUGCUCGAGGACAACCCCUCUUCUUCUAUAAUCUCAAACCCUCGGUGUACGCCGUUUUCGAGGGCGUCGCUCCUACUGACUUUGUCGUUUAUUAUACCCAGGAGGCGCUCGACGAUCUGCUCAAGGAACGAGGCUACUUCAAGCAAUUAAAACAAGACGUACCACCGGCAUAGGACGUUUCUCAAUAUACAUCAAGACGUCCAGUGGGCGUUACGAUCCGUCCGAGUUCAGGGUGCACUCGAUGCACGUAUACAAUGAACGGUAUUAAAUUUGUAAAGUUGUUAAAGAAAGGAAGUCCCUGUGGAAGAAAGACAUUUUUUUCUCAAAGAAUACAGAGAGAACAGCUUCCCGACAUUGGAGUCUCUCAGCGCAACAAGUGGCUCUACGUAUGGAUACUGAAAAAUGUCUUUUUCACAGUGUGAAUCGUGAGUAUUCGUGAAUCUUCAUGAAAGUCCGAUGAAGACUUUAUUUUCACGAUUUUUGUGGUACCUGCCAAGUUCAGUACAAGUACACUUUGCUAUUGAUUCGCUUUGAUUUGAUUUACAUUUGUAUCCUGCGAACAUAUAUCAAUAUGCGAUUCAGAUUGAUUUAUUCGUAUGGCAAUUACGUGAACAAAAUAGAGUAUAGAGAAUAACUAGGCAUGAAGCACGAAUCAAUUACGAAUACAGUUCCAAGUAUAGAAGAAAUCGGUAAUAACGAUGAACAACAUUGUUUGUUAGAUAGGAUGUAAAAUAGAUUGUUUCAUGUCGAUGGCAGAUUUUGAGGGAUCGACUUGUAAAUAACAUAAUUUCAUGAUCCUACUGACGAAGAGGGUCAUUCCUUUGAAUAGUGUUCGAAGAGUAUCGAAGGGAGGAUUAAUAAUUCAAUAUAAAUGAAAUAUAUUCAAAUGGGGAAUAAGGGGUCAUUCUUGCAUUCUUCUCAAGCAAUUUAAUGUGACCAUUUGGUCACUGUCGAUAAUAGCAUUAGAAACGGUAUAUAAGAUUCCAGCACAAUUAGAGAAAAAUUUAAUUAAUCACAGAUGGAUAUAUCGGUCGAUGAUGAAUUGUAUGAAAAUGUAAAAAUUUCAAGAAAACUCGUUAGUUUCAAUGUCAUUGGCUGAUUCAACUCGUUGAACGUCUAGCGUGUAGAUAAUUCUAGCCGAUGCUUCGAAGUAAGUUAAAAAAUAGAAACAGAGUAACUAUCGUAAGCAGUACUGAUCUAAAGAAUAUUUAUGCGUAAAUUCUUUAUAGGUUAUAUAUAAUUGUACAUCGUUUAUUUUAUUAUAGGUAUCACUGUACUCUUCGUCUAUAGUGUUUCCUUUUUUUUACAUGCGCCAUUAUAGUAUUUGAAUAUAACGUUACUCAAGUACUUACCUCAAUUGAUUAGGACGUCGCGACGCCCUUUGGCGUCACGUAUUUAUCAUUUCUUGGCAGCAGUGUUUUCUCUUUCCAUUGUCAUAGCGUCAGCCGAGUGUCCUGUAUAAAUAUAAAUGUCCAAGUGUGCCCUAAGAAUAUACGGCAGAACGGUAAAACGAAAGAGAGAUAAGAAAAUUAAAAGAAAAAAGAAAAGUCCUGUAACACCGGGUGACUCUGGAGCAUCGCGUGUUGCGUUAGAAUUGCGCAAAAUUGCUUCAACGGCAGCAUCUAUAUGUAUAUAUAUAUAUAAAUAUUAAGUUUAAAAAUACUGUGAUAAUUUUUGUAUGAAAAGAGAAAUCAAAUAAAAGAGGGAUAACAAAAAAAGAACUAAGCAUAUACAAGAACAAGAUCGACGAUAAGAAUAAAUUUACAAUUUAUGUCGACGAUGUUGGGCCGUUACAAUAAAACAUUUAAUUAUUUUAAGCAAACGUCGCCGUGACGCUCUCUCGUUGUUCCUGUUACUAAGCGAUUGAAGGGUAUUAACAAUAAGAAUAAGAAUAAAUAAAAAAAAAAUACAAGAUAAGAAGGUAAUUCGGUUAAUCCUGUUACAUAAUGGGUAAUCGAAUAAUAAAAUGGCAUGACUCAACCGAUA